CUAAGAGUUCCAUAUCUCUCCUGUUUCUAGAUCUACGUCCUGCCGGUCCAGAUGACUUAUAUCUUUGUCUAUGGGACUCUGAAGAAGGGUCAGCCCAACUACUUCAGGAUGCUGCCGGACCAGGGGCACGGGAAGGCAGAGUUCUGUGGUCAUGCUCGCACCGUAGAUGGCUACCCGCUGGUGAUCGCUGGGAAGAAUAACAUCCCCUACCUGCUGAACCGUCCCGGGGAGGGCCACAGGGUCCAGGGGGAGGUGUACAGGGUGGAUGACACCAUGCUGAGCUUCCUAGACGCCUUCGAGGGCUGCCCCACCAUGUACCAACGCACCUCUGUUCAGAUAGAGUUGGAGGACUGGAAGGUGGAGGGGAGAGAGAGGAGCCCAGGCAGCAUGAUGGAGGCCUUCUUCUACAGCACCACGUCCUACCAGCCUGCCUGGCUCAAACACAACUUCUAUGAGAACUACGACGCCUACGGAGACCAUGGCUUGGUGUACAUCGACAGGGAACACAGAGAUCCACUGAAGGAUCUGUAGCCUGGGUGCCAUCAUGCCACUCCUGGUUAUGAUAACACCAGCAGGUCUGGGACCUGGCUAGAGGAUAGAUAGGCUGCUCCACAUGAUAGCUUUUUAGAUAUGUUGACUUGGUACUGUUGUUUCUACAGUUGACGACUUUUUACUGUCCAGGGAUGUAAACUGCUGAGGCCCUAAAAGGAGACACGUUGUUGUUGCACUGAAACAUGUAAUAAAUCCCUGCUCGGGGAAAUGCAGGUUUUAACUAAUUAAACAACAGAAUAUCAUCUA